GCGAUGCAAGAGUUUGUUUUGUUGGAGUAGUUAAAGCUCAUCGUUGUGUCAUCUAAAAGAUAACUAACCAAUGGUUCGUGUUUGUGCAUUUCCGAACUGUGCCAACAAAAUGUCGCCCAACACUUCGCGCAGCUUUCAUAGACUACCUCUGUUGGAUAGGGAUACGCUGAAGUUGUGGCUAGUUGUGCUACAGAUCGAUGCUAACAUUCCUGUCAAUACCCUGCGCCUUGCAGACCAUCGGGUCUGCAGUGACCAUUUUGAACGGGAGGACUACUGCCAGCCAAAGAAGAGAAGACAUCCUAUACCAAAGCACUUUUUCCUAAAGAAAACUGCUGUUCCCAGAGUGGAGAAGCCUACUGCAGACAGAGUGGAGCUGCAAGACAAACAGGCGUUGAUGGACAGACCACGAGGCCAGUGCAGAAGCAUAGGUGUUCAAAUAAAUGCAUCUGAGAGGUGCACUGUGACCACAGAGAAACCCAUUCCGCAGUACCUCGUUGAUGAGGAAGCCAUCAUGCAGCUGUUGAAGACCUGUCCGAUGUGUGACAGACAAAGUCGCUGUACCAAAUACACUCGCGGUCCUUGCUUCAUAGUCUACCAGAAGUGUUACUUCUGCGAUUUUCAACGCAAGUGGGCCAGCCAACCUGAAGCUGUAAACACCAACGCUCGUAAGGCACACAUGACACCCAGGAAGAAACUGAAGUCAAAUGACAAUGAACUUAAUGAGAUGAACUUUUCUGAAUCCUCAAUCACAGACUCCAACUCUCCAUUACAGAGCUGUGUAACAGUGUCAAUGCUCUAAAUAAAUGAUAAUGAACAGUUUGGUGCCGUAAAGCUUCUAAAUGACAACAUUUCAAGGUACAAAGGAGUGAGGUCUGCACACUGUUGAGCUCCCAAAAAAAUAAUUGUAUCUCUUUUUUGACGUUUCAAUCUGUAAGAUCUUCCUCAAACAAAUGUAAAAGAAACAGAUCUUUCUUAUAUAGGCAGCAAUCAAAUCAGUAUCACUUGCUAGGCAGAAGAAGGGACAACAAAGGCCACACAAUGGCAGUCAAGAGAGUGUAUAACAGGAGUACAGAGGCAUGCCCCUCAGGGACAAAUAAAGCUGAAUCUGAAUACAAACCUGAACAGGUAGACAAAAU